AUGCGUCGAUCUUCUGAGGAGCUACAACAGUGUUACAGUAUGCGAGAGAUCCGGGCUAUUUCAAAUGCUGAUGGUCCUGGAUAUCUCUACGCCUACGUCGAUGGUAGUAUUUGGAAGGUGGGGAUGUCCAAUGACUUUGUCCGUCGUCAGAAGGAGUGGGAUAAGGACUGUCCUUGCCCCUGGAGAAUAUGGUUUCCGCCUAUCCGGGUCGCGAACAGACGGAGAGUGGAAUCAUUAGUACAUCUUCUGCUUGAAAUGCAAUGUCUUGACCGCCUGCGAAUCUAUUGUCCAAACUGCCAACGAGUGCAUUUCGAAAAAUUCCUGUUCUCUGAACCCUGGCACAUCGUCUGGAGUACGAUUGGCUGCUAUGUCAUGAAGACUAAAAGAUGGGUGUCUGUGGCCUUUGGUGCUAAACGAGUCAAUACUUAUUGGUUACUCUAUAGUUAUCUAGACAAGAACCGGCGGAACAGAUGUAUCGAUAAAAUGAAAAGUUGUUCCCCAUGUUUCAAUACCGACAUCCCCAACAUCAGCGUUGCCACGCGUUCCGACAUCCCAACAUCAGGCAUGUUCCGACGUUUCGAUGUGUCGACCUCGGUCACGUCUGAACGUUCGGACGUCCCGACAUCGGGUACGCAUAAGCUCUGCGAGGUUUCUCAAAAGAACCUCGCCAUUUACAUGAGGCGGUUACUUGUAUGA